GGGGCGGGUUAAAUCAGCGAUCUAGUGUUUGCUGUAAGGCCCCGAAUCGAAGCGGCGACGAUUAAGUUAAAGUGAGUUAACGUUGUUUUUUCACUGGGGACUGACAUCUAAGGCAAGACGUCCAGGUUUGGUUCCAACUUUGUGUCUGAUGCACACCAAAGAGGCUGGUGGAAUAUGUCGCAUGCUGCCAAGCAACAGCAGAGCACUGGACCUCCGCUACUGUCUGCAAAAAAUCAGAACGGGGAGGUUCUUCUCUUAGGGGCCAUCAAACUGGAGCAUAGCGAGACAAAUGUGCGGGCGGCAAAUGCAGGCGAAGGUGGGAACACAGCAGGCAGCCAAGGGAGAAGCACGGAGGAGGAGCCGGUGAAAAAGCGUGGCUGGCCAAAAGGGAAGAAAAGGAAAAAAGUGCUUCCAAAUGGUCCAAAAGCUCCUGUGACAGGAUAUGUGCGUUUUCUAAAUGAGCGACGCGAACAAAUCCGAAGCCAACAUCCUGAGCUGCCCUUCCCAGAAAUCACGAAGAUGUUAGGGGCAGAGUGGAGUCGGCUUGCCUCCGAUGACAAACAGCGCUAUCUGGACGAAGCCGAGAAAGAAAAGCAGAAGUAUAUGAGAGAACUGAAGGAGUACCAGCAGAGUGAGGCGUACAGACUGAGCAAUGAGAAGAUCCAAGAGAAAAAGAUCAAGAAAGAAGAAUGUACGUCAGUCAUCAUCAAUGCGGUCACAAAUGGGCCAGGACACAAGAGCGGUGACCCACUUUCUGACAGAUUCUCCAGCUUUGAUGUGCCCAUUUUUACUGAAGAGUUCCUGGAUCAGAACAAAGCAAGGGAGGCAGAAAUCCGUAGGUUACGCAAGGCCAAUGUGGAAUAUGAAGAGCAGAAUUCAGUGCUGCAGAAGCACAUAGAAGACAUGCACAAUGCCAAAGAGAGGCUGGAGGCAGAGCUGGCGCAAGAUGAGCGAGAGACUCAGGCUUUACAGCACCACCUGCUAAAUAUCCGGCAGGCUCUCUCAGCAAGCUUUGCGGCACUCCCGCUGCCAGGUACAGGGGAGAUCCCAACUCCCAGCACAGUGGAGUCCUAUAUGACGCGACUAACCAGCAUUCUUGAAAGCAGCCCCCUAGAGUACAAGAAGCUUGUUGCCAAGAUACAGGAAAUCGUCAGCCAUUUUGACAGUGAAAAGAUCUGAACAGGAUGUAAGGAAGGAAUCGCUGCUCAUUGGUGGGACCAUGCCUUAUGGCCUUUUUAUCUUUAAGUGGAGGAGCAACACCAACCUCUGCACCUUGAUUCACAGAAUUUCCUGAUGCUGACUUUUCCUCACAGACUGCAAGAUGAAAUAUACGAAGAGCUCCCUAAACACUGCCAUCUGCCUGUGGGGUGGCUAUUGAAUGAGAGGCAGUUGGCUAUUUUGCUCUCCCACAUAUUGUAUAUGGUCUUGCUUUGCCAUCAACGGCUAUUUUGUUGGGGAAUAGAAGUUUUACCUCACUGCUAUAUUUUUAGAGGAGCAGAGUUUGGGACUUUAUUCCACCUUUAUCCCACCAUGACAUUUUUUUUUUUUGUUGUUGUUUUUUUAAAUAAGGUACUCUGAUUACUUUUUACUGCACCAGUUGCAUUUUAAGCCCCCUCUCUUUUAUUUCUAUUGCAGUUGUAGGUUUAAAUUAUUUCCACCCUUGUGCCUUACAAAAUGUCUUGUCAGCUUCUGCCUCAUAUGAUUUUUGCCUUUCAGAAAUGUAUCACAUUCCAUCAGUAGGGCCUUUUUUUAAUCGAACCAAUGAAUUUUGAUUUUUAUUUUUUUCACUCUGGAAUUUCUAAAAUAACAAUUGCUUAACCUUGAAA